GAAAAACGACACAGACAACGGCUCCAAAGUGGCGCCGUUCUCCAAACAUUUGGAUUCCCUCGAGGAAUUCAAGGCUCUAUCCGUCGGACCCGGCACCAUACCAUCUCCGUGGCCACCAGUGAAUGCCGGUCCUCCUGGUCCCCUGGGAUCGGCAGACACAAAUGGCAGCAUGGUGGACAGUAAAAACUUGGAUGUUGGCGACAUGAGCGAUGACGAAAAGGAUUUAUCAUCCGCCGAUGCCGAGGGUGUCUGGAGUCCGGACAUUGAGCAAAGCUUUCAAGAGGCACUGUCAAUAUAUCCACCAUGUGGACGCAGAAAGAUUAUAUUAUCAGACGAGGGUAAAAUGUAUGGGCGCAACGAGCUAAUCGCGCGUUACAUCAAAUUGCGCACGGGCAAGACGAGAACUCGUAAACAAGUGAGCUCCCACAUUCAGGUGCUCGCCAGACGGAAACUCCGUGAGAUCCAAGCUAAAAUCAAAGUCGAACCCAAUGGUGUCUCCUUGCAUUUACUCAAUGAGAAAGAGCAGACCCUGCAGGCCAUGAGCUCAAUGACCAGCUCACAAAUUGUCUCCGCACAGGCGGCCAAUAAUCUUGCCCUGGCCGCCUCGGCGCUGACGGCGGGCGUGCACCAUUCGAAGCAUCUUUCGCAUUCCGCCCACAAUCAGCAUCCACAGCACCACCACCCACACCACCCACACCACCAACACCACCACCAUCAUCCGCACCACCACCACCAUCAGGUGGGUGUUGCCGCAGCAGCCGCCGCCGCCGCCGCAGCUGCAGCUGCUGCCGCUGCCGCUGCUGUACAGUCGCCGGCAGCAGCUGUUGCAGCUAUUACUGGGUCUGGUGUGGCGUCCAAUUCCGUUGCAGCAGUACCUACAUCGUUGUCGCCACGACACCACAACCACCACGCCCAUGCCCACGUCCACGCCCACCAUUCCCAUCACAAUUUGCCGCACCACAUGCAUCCACACCAUCACCAACAUGCGGCGGCCGUUGCAGCAGUUUACCACCUACAACAACAACAACAACAACAACAACAACAACAGCAACAACAACAUCAGCAGCAGCAGCAGCAGCUUCAACAACCAAAUGAGGCAACAACAGGUGCCGUAUCACCAGCAUCUGUCGCUGAUGGGGCACAACCAGCACCGCCGCCGCCGCCGCCGUUGCACCAUCCGCCAUUGUAUCCGGGCCAAUUUUGGCAACCCGGACUGCAGCCGAGCACAUCGCAAGACAUCAAGCCGUUCACCCAGCCGCCCUACACGCCCGGCAAGCCCUCGACGGCGGUGUCCGGCGAGAUCGAGGCUGGUAUUCCGCCCGCUCAAUUGCCAUGGGAGGGACGCGCCAUUGCAACGCAGAAAUUCCGCUUGCUCGAGUUUACGGCCUUCAUGGAAAUCCAAAGAGAUGAAAUCUAUCACCGACAUCUAUUCGUGCAGCUGGGCGGCAAGCCAUCCUUUUCCGAUCCGCUACUUGAGACUGUUGAUAUACGACAAAUAUUUGACAAAUUUCCGGAGAAAUCCGGCGGUCUCAAAGAGCUCUACGAGCAAGGUCCACAGAAUGCGUUCUACCUUGUUAAAUGUUGGGCGGAUCUCAACACGGACGUAACGACCGGCAGUGAAACAGGCGAUUUCUAUGGCGUAACAAGCCAAUACGAAAGCAAUGAGAACAUUGAGCUCGUCUGCUCGACAAUCGUUUGCUUUGGCAAACAGGUUGUGGAAAAGGUGGAGCACGAAUACUCGCGCCUGGAGAACAAUCGCUACGUUUAUGGCAUUCAGCGCUCGCCCAUGUGCGAGUACAUGAUUUAUUUUCUUACUGAAGCUGAAGUACUUACCGAACCCUACAUGAUGAACAGUGUGCUCGAGAACUUUACAAUACUGCAAGUAAUGCGAGCGCAAGAGACGAAAGAGACACUGCUAUGCAUAGCGUACGUGUUUGAGGUGGCGGCACAGAACAGCGGCACCACGCAUCAUAUCUAUCGCCUUAUAAAGGAAUAGCAUGAGCUGCAUGAAGCAGCGCCCAAUCUGUCCGCGAUCCCCACCAAUGCACAAAUCAGCGAAUACAGCAACAGCAACAGCAACACUACGAGUAGAAGCCACAAUACCAGCAAUAACAACAGCACAACUAACAACAACAACAACAACAGCAGCAGCAGC